AACCUGCAUCCUCCCUAGAGCAUCUCCAGGGGUUGGGGGAGGAUGGCCAUUGUGAGGAUGACCGAGCUGUGCAGAUGGAUGGGCUAGGGAGAGAAGAGGCCUGUGGGGAGGCUCCGAGAGGAAGGACCAACACUGAGCUCUGUCCCCAAGAAGAGGGUAGCUCAGGAAGACAGCAAGUCUAUUUGCUGCUGUGUCCUGCCCUCAGAGAUAAAUAACAAGCAGGAAGAUUCAAAAGGAGGGAAAAGUCCAACAUCAAAUAUCCGCGUGCCCCAGAUGCAGCCCUGGCAACACAGCACACUGGCUGAUGGGGAGGGCAGUUCCCGUUCAUGUGGGGCGGUGCUGUGUCAACUCAUGGUGGGCAGAACCCAGUCCUGAAGUUUACACACACCUCAGUGGGGUCUGCAGAGCGGUGCAGUAACAUCUCUAAGGAAGCCGUGAUCAGCGGCUGGAGAAGACAUGAUGCCCUCCCUGACAGCCCUGCUCUGCCUGGGGAUGAGUGUGGGACCCAGCAUCCAAGUGCAGUCAGGGACCCUCCCCAAACCCCGGCUCUGGGCUGAGCCAGGACCUGUGAUAUCACUGGGAGCAACUGUGGACCUCUGGUGUGCAUGGACUCUGGGGGCCCAGCAGUGCCAUCUGCUUAAAGAGGGAAUCUCGGUGCCCUGGAGGACACAGACGUUCGAAAUGCCCAUGAACACUACCAAGUUCUCCAUCCCAUCCAUGACAGAGCACGAUGCAGGACGAUAUCACUGUUACUAUAACAGCUCUGCUGGGAGGUCAGAGCCCAGUGAGCCCUUGGAGCUGGUGGUAACAGGGGUCCACAACAAACCCAGACUCUCAGCCCUGCCCAGCCCUGUGGUAAUGUCAGGAAAAACUGCCACACUCCAGUGUGGCUCACUGCAGAAAUAUGACAGGUUCAUUCUGACUGAGGAAAGAGGAGCCAAAAACUCCUGGACACAAAACUCACAGCGAGGAGGUCUGAGGGGCCAGGUCCAGGCCAUGUUCCGUGUGGGACCUGUGACCCCCAGCCACAGGUGGACCUUCAGAUGCUAUGGCUGUUAUCGGAUCCAACCCCAGGUGUGGUCAGAGCCCAGUGACACCCUGGAGCUCGUGGUCCCAGGGACCCUCCCCAAGGCCUCCUUCUGGGCUGAACCAUCCAGUGUGAUCCCCCCGUCGAAGCCCGUGGCCCUCUUAUGUGAGGGGACUCUGGACACCCAGGAGUACUAUCUGGAUAAAGAGGGGUGGCCAGUGAACUGGGACAGACAGACCUCAGCUGCACCCAUGAGCAGGACCAAGUUCUCCAUCCCAUCCAUGAGAGCAAAUGAUGCAGGGCGAUAUCGCUGUUACUACCGCACCCCUGCUGGCUGGUCACAGCCCAGUGAGCCCCUGGAGCUGGUGGUGACAGGAGUCUACAGCAAGCCCAGCCUCUCAGCCCUGCCCAGCCCUGUGGUCAAUUUAGGAGAGAACAUCACCCUCCAGUGUGCAUCACAGAGAGGAUUUCACAGGUUCAUUCUGACUGAGGAAGGAGGAGACAAGCGCUCCUGGACGCUGGACUCACAACACAACAGGGGGAAUUUCCAGGCUCUGUUCACUGUGGGCCCCGUCAUUCCCAAGCACAACUGGACAUUGAAAUGCUACGGUUAUGACAAGAAAAACAUGCAGGUGUGGUCAGAGCCCAGCGAUGCCCUGCAGCUCCUAAUCUCAGGGCAGUCCAGGAAGCCCUCCCUCCUGACCCAGCAGAGCCCUAUCCUGGCCCCUGGACACAAUCUGACCCUGCAGUGUCGCUCUGACCUCGGCUAUGACACAUUUGCUCUGUCCAAGGAGGGGGCAGGUGACCUUCCCCAGCACCCUUCCAGGCAGCCUCAGGCUGGGCUCUUUCAAGCUGACUUCUUCCUGGGCCCUGGGAAACGCUCCCAUGGGGGCCGCUACAGAUGCUACGGUAGACGCAAUCACUCCUCAGAGUGGUCAGCACCCAGUGAGCCCCUGGACAUCCUGAUCCCAGGACAGCUCACUGCCACACCCUCUCUCUCAGUGCAUCCAAGACCACCAGUGUCCUCAGGAGAGAAUGUGAAACUGUUGUGUCAGUCACAGAACCCGAUGGACACUUUCCUUCUGUACAAGGAAGGCGCAGCCGAUUGCCCCCUGCAUCUGAGAUCAGAGCCCCGAGCUCAGCAGUCGCAGGCAGAAUUCUCCUUGGGAGCUGCAAGCUUGGACCUCAGGGGCACCUACUGGUGCUAUGCCUCUCAGAACUCAACUCCGUACUUGUUGUCACAGCCCAGUGAUACUGUGGACCUUGAGGUCUCAGCCACGCAUGUGCAGGACUACACUGUGGGAAAUCUUGUCCGGAUGGGACUGGCUGGCGUAGUCCUCAUCGUCCUUGGAAUCCUGCUAUUUAAGGAUCAACACAGCCAAAGCACGACUCAAGAUGCUGCCAUGAUGUAAAAAUGGCAGAUGGAAGUCACUUCUCAGAGUGGUGGAGGCCUGUAUGCAAACCUGAUCACCUCAGAAGGAUCUGGAAGACAGCCUGGUGCAGAGAUGGACUACAAUUCAGCAACUGUGCAGGAGGCCAUUGUGGUCUGCGCAUCAGGACUCGGCAGGUCUCACACAGUGAUUCCCACCAAGGAACCCCAGUGCUUUCCUCCUUAUCUGCAAGUUCCGCCUGGGCCCCUCCUCUCUUCCCAGCUCCAUAGGUGCGGCUGUGACGCCCAGACCAGGUUUGGGACUCCCUAUACACCCUUUGUGCCCUGCUCUACUUUCUGAUGACGUUUUCCUUCAUUGUAAUUACAUUCACUGGUGCGUAGGAAUUAGAUCCCAUCCUUUCAGCUGCCAACCUGGAGCAAAAAUUUUUGCCAAAUCACAGCAAAAGUGUUCAAAAAUUAGAUUCUAGUGUGGUGAAAACAAACACAAAAUGAUACCCUGACAGCCGUUCUGGGACCUGUAACCCCUUAACCAUGAGCUGAUGAUCCAUACGAGGUUUCUUCUGGAAUAGAAUGGUGUAGACUCCCAACACUGAUUUUUAAUAGUGUCUUCCUACAUUGCUACCCCGUCUUGUUUUGAAUUUAAGAUGUUGUACUCAGAUUCCUAGAGGGCUGCACUUACAGCAGGCCUAUUCCACUAGAUUGA